UACCGAAAAACAAAAAGUAGCCCAAUUGGGCGCCGGUAUUUGGCGAAUGCAGAAAUCUGACAGACGACAGAAGUCCGAAGUGCAGUUGGACGCUCCAAAACAUUUCAAUAAUUUCAUUUAUCCUUUUGCAACUGAAGAAAAUCUCAACCAGUUUAUGGUUGGCGAGACGUGAAACUGCAACAUGUCUGAACAAACAGAUCCAGCCUACCCUCCAGACCAGCCCUACCCGACCCAGCCCACGGCACCCGGCUACCCCCAGCAGCAGGCCUACCCCUCGCCCCCGGGUUACCCAGCCCAGCAGGGCUACCCACAACAGCAGGGCUAUCCACAACAGCAGGGCUAUCCGGCGCAGUCAGGGUACCCGCAGCAGCAGCCGCAGCAACCGCAGCAAGGGUACACCACCCAGACCUAUGUACCCCAGGCCGUCUACACGCCCCAGGGACAAGUCACAAUUAAGACUGGCGCCCCGCAGCACCAAGCCAUGGUCAGGACAGAGAUCAGGAUUGAGCCCAAUGACUAUCUCUGCUUCUCCAUCUUCGUCAUGCUGUUUUGCUGUCUGCCGUUUGGAAUCAUUGCCCUCAUCAAGUCCAUGGAUGUGCGUAGCCUAGUGGCAGUCCAGGAUUUCGCGGCCGCCGGCCGCGCCUCCCAGUCCUGCAAGAACUGGAACAUCGCCGGUCUGGUGACCGGACUCAUCGUGGAGGUGGUGGCCAUCAUCAUCAUCAUCGUCUGGUUUGUGGUCUUCGGCAGCACGGUGUCCAGCAUAACGUCCGACUUCAACACCUACAUUGACUCGGAUUACUACGGCUAGCCCUGCUGGGCUGCCCGGGUUUGUAUCUAGAGUUAACAACAAAAAAUAGCCAGCUACAUGUACGUUGGGCUGUGGCUGCAAUAUGGCCGCAUCCAAAUGACUUUUAAUGGCUGCGGCUACCAAUAACCUGGAUUUGGGAAGUGGCUUUUGAUUUUUCCAUAGGCACAUGCAUAAUUGCAAGCCUUAGACCAGUAAUCCGGACGCGGCGUAUGACUGUCGGUUUGCAUUAUGGGUCAUUCCAUAAGUUUGGGGUCCAAAAGUGUGACAUUUUUUGCUGUCCCUGAACAAUUACACCUGACCUGCGUAAAUUGCCAUGCAAGUAUCAUUAAAAUUCACUUCAAGCUAUUUUUUUUCUUUUUUUUAUUGGUAGGUACCAGGG